AUGGCCGAUUCGAUCAAGGACGAGAUCGCGACGAUUGAGAAGAAGAUUGAAGAGCUUCAGGCGCAAUUGGUCGAUGCCAAGUCGAGAUUACAGAAAAGCCAAAAUGAAUCGACGGUCAGCGAUGAGUCGGCAAAGAUGUCAGACCAGGACAAGAUGGACCUCAUCAAGGUCAACCUGAAGGAAGUGCUCAACCCAGAGAUCAUGGAGGCAGCGCUCAAGGAGGGCAGACCACUCAAGGUCUACUGGGGAACUGCCACAACGGGCAGGCCACACUGCGGAUACUUCGUACCUAUCCUCAAGCUCGCACAGUUCCUCGCAGCAGGCUGUCACGUCAAGAUUCUCCUUGCCGACAUCCACGGCUUCCUCGACAAUCUCAAAGCACCCAUCGAGCUCGUCAAGUUCCGUGCUGAAUACUACCGCUUCACCAUCACCGCACUCCUCAAGGCUGUCAACGUCCCCAUCGACCGCCUCGAAUUCGUCCUUGGCUCCUCCUACGAGCUUAAGCCAGACUACAUGAUGGAUGUCCUGCGUCUGGCCUCUAUCACUUCCGAGCACGACGCAAAGAAAGCGGGCGCCGAAGUCGUCAAGCAGACUGAGAACGCCCCUCUCUCCGGCCUGCUCUAUCCGCUUAUGCAAGCUCUCGACGAGCAGUACCUCGACGUCGACAUGCAAUUCGGCGGUGUUGACCAGCGCAAGAUCUUCGCGCUCGCAAAGGACAUCCUCCCCAAGAUCGGCUACAAGGAGCGCGCCCACUGCAUGAACCCCAUGGUCCCUGGUCUGCAGGGCGGCAAGAUGAGCGCCUCAGACCCCGACUCGAAGAUCGACGUUCUCGACAGCGAAGAAGUCGUCAAGCGCAAGCUGAAAAAGGCGCACGCCGCACCCAAGGUCAUUGAAGAAAACGGCAUCCUCUCCUUCGUCGAAUACGUCCUCCUACCCGCCUCCUACCUGCGCCACGGAACCCCCAAGUUCGUCGUCGAGCGCCGCGACGCCGAACCCCUCGAGUACACCACCAUCGAGCAGAUGCACGCCGACUACAAAGCCGACAUCCUGUCGCCACAGAUCCUCAAGCCCGCCGUCGUCGAGGCUCUCAACGCCCUGCUCGCCCCCGUGCAGCAGGAAUUCCAGAACAGCGCCGAGUGGAAGGAAAUCGAGCAAAAGGCGUACCCGCCGCCGCCGACCGAGAAGAAGAAGGAGAAGAAGACCAAGAACAAGGGCGCGUUCCACCCGGGCGCGGCUAAGAAGGUCGAAGCCAAGCCCGACGGGCAUGUCGAGGGCGCCGAUAAGGCGAAGGUGGACGUUGGUACUGAGGGUGGAGAGAAGGCGAUUGAGAAUCUGACGCUCGACGAGAAGAAGUAG